GAAAACAUUAUUUUUUUUAAGAGCAGAUGAUUGUUGUGCAAUAGUUGAUCAAGAUAGUCUAUUGACACAGAGACCUAUGCUCUGCAAAUUGAUUUUCUGAUUCAUGAUCAGAAUUUUAUACUGAUCACUGAGCUAUAUUAAGGUCCUUGAUGUAUGGUGGGGACCCCAGUAGAUCUUUAAGUGACUGACAGUUAAAACUGCUUCAGACCAUGAGUUGGAUUCUAAUUCUUCUUUCCACCAUAGUGGUUCUUUUAGUAAGAAGUAGUGGGACAGCAAGUAUAGAAUCACCGAUGAACUCAACUCAUAUUUCAGAAUCAAACAUGUCUUCUCCCAUGAAUUCAACUGAAUAUGAUUAUUUAAGAGGAACUGUGUUAAUGGAAUUUAACCAGAACAUCAUCGACACCUAUGCAAAUGAGGGGCUUUAUUUGCCUGAAAUUAAUGAUCAUGAUUCCAAUCUGAAUGUCUCAGAUUUCACUGUGCCAAGUCCACUGCCAAACAUAACAUGCACCAGGAGAGAUUAUACAGAUGAUGUUGCAGCAGUUUUCAAAGAAAAUACCGGACCCAUUAGUGAUGCUUUCGUUGUCUUCAAUACCACUUACAGUAGCUUUGCUAUGGGAAGGAUAUUCAAUACUACAGAACUUAAUGAGUUAAAAAUCCUCAAUGAAACUGUAGUCAAUUGCAGUGAAUAUUCUUUGACCAAAAGCAGGCGAUUAAAUAUGUCAACAAAGCACAGUCUUGUUGGAUGAAGAACAGGCUUAGAACAGGCUAUAUAUUUCAAUCAUUCUCCAUAACUAUUUAAAUAAAAAACAUAUUUUCUAAAAAAAAAAAAAA